AUGCGAAGUUGCUCAGGACCAUUUUAGAGUUUUUAGUCCAUUUAUUGUGCAUGAGGAAGAUAAAAGUUGUAUGAGUUUUGAACCUUCUAUACUAAACGAUACAGAUUCUUGGGGCCCUCCCUCAAGUAGCUUACAAUUUUCUGACAUUCUCUAUCAACCUUUUAAUAAGAACGAUCGGAUAGGAAAAGUAAUUGAUUGGACAAGCUCUUCUCCCACUGAUCGUCGGCCCCUUCAACCCUAUGGACAAUACAGUAGCGGAAACACGGCUUUUACUUACAUACAUGGAGAGGACGAGUCUUCCUUUUCCUUUGUCAAUACGGCAGCUUCUAAAACUAUGAAGAUUCGAAGAUUUGUGCCACACAGUCGUAAGCAGCGAUCUAAUCGCGCUCAACGGCAGCAGCAAUCUCUUAAAGUACUUCAAGUUAAAAAUCAACAGAAAAGGAGACUCGGAAAUGCUGCAAGGACGGCGCAGAAUCGUUAUAUUGCUUUUCAACAACGUCGAGAGCACAAAAGUCGAGAACCUUCUGUAGCUAUUCCCGAAAGCUGGGAACUUUUAGAAGUUUUGGAGUUUUCACGAUUUCAAGAACUUUCUUAUCUUCCUGGAGAUCCAGUCGAUUUGGACUUCUACGGCCUUCUUGAGACGUAUGACAAGUCCUACGAAAAUGUGCGCACCAAAAAUACUAAACCACUUCAGCGAACCGACCGCUAUUAUAGCACGUCUACGACUACAGAAGAUCCAAUCAUUGCAAAGCUUGCACGUGCGAAUGAGGGGAACGUGUUUGCCACGGAUUUGAUUUUGUCGACCCUCAUGACUUGCACGCGGUCAGUGUACUCGUGGGAUAUUAUUGCUGAACGUGUAGAGAAUGAAUUGUUUUUGGAUAAACGUGAAAAAUCUUCUCUUGACUACCUUGAAGUUUCCGAAACUGCGCCCGAUCCGCCGAGCGAAGAAAGCGAGCUGAAGAUCAAUACUCCAAAGUCAUUGGCUACGGAAGCAACCUUUGUUAACCACCAUUUUGCCCAGCAAAUUUUAUUAAAGGAAAAAGACGUAGUAAAGUUUAAACCGAAUCCUUUUAUAGAAGAAGGAGAGAAGGCUGGCUCGGUUUGCUAUCGUUAUAGAAAGUGGGACAUUGGCGGGGGAAACACCCUGGUGGCACGCACUGAAAUUGAGGGCCUUAUGAAGUCCUCAACAGGAGAGCCCCUUUACCUUACAAUUAAGGCCCUUAAUGAAUACAAGUCGAGCGCUGAGUGGCGACAGCAAUUGGAUAGCCAGCCGGGGGCAGUACUAUCCGCCGAGCUGAAGAAGAACACGUGCAAGUUGGCGCGCUGGGCCAUGGGCUCUCUUUUGGCGGGCACCCAACUUAUAAAGCUUGGCUACGUAAGUCGCGUGCAAUGCCGCGAUAACUCGAAGCACGUGAUUAUGGGCCUUCAAACUUAUAAGCCUUCUGAGUUUGCUGACCAAAUCCACUUCCACAUACCCAAUUGUUGGGGUAUUCUGCGCAGUUUAGUAGAUCUUUUGCUUUCCUAUUCGGAAGGAAGAUACUUGAUUCUGAAGGAUCCCAACGCCCAACAACUGCAAAUCUAUAGAAUACCACACGACGAAUCCGAAGAUGAAAGCGAGUAGAAAUCUUUCCC